CCACCCCCAGGGAAGUUUGGCCACCGGUGAGCGGGUUUUGGCCACCCCCAGGGAAGUUUGGCCACCUCCGGGCAGGUUUUGGCCGCCGCCCGCGGCUCCCGGCCCCGCCUCGCCCCCCGCCAUGGCCGCGCUGCCGGGCGAGGCGUCGUGCCCGAUCUGCCGGGAGCUGUUCCGGGACCCCGUGUCCAUCCACUGCGGCCACCACUUCUGCCGCGCCUGCAUCGAGCGCCGCUGGGAGUGGCCCACGCGCGGCUUCGCGUGCCCGCGCUGCCGGGACGCGGCCCCGGAGCGGAGCCUCCGGCCGAGCCCGGAGCUGGCGGCGCUGCUGGAGCUCGCCCGGCGGCGGGGCCGGGGGGACGCGCUGCGGCUGCAGGAGGAGGACGAGGAAGGCUGCCCGCGGCACCGGGAGCCGCUGGAGCUCUUCUGCCGGGAGGACGCGGCCGCGCUGUGCGAGAUCUGCCGCGAGUCCCGCGCGCACCGCGGGCACACCGUGCUGCCGCUGCCCGAGGCCGCCCGGCAGUGCAAGGAGCAAGUCCAGGCUCGGCUGCGAACCCUGCGGGACGCGAGGGAGAAACUGCUGGAGCUGCGGGAGGCGGAGAUGGGGAAAUUCCGGGAGUGUUUAGAGGAGGCGGAGGCCGAGCGGGGCCGGGUCCUGGCCCAGUCCCGGGAGCUGCUCCAGGCGCUGGCGGAGCUGGCGCGGCUCCGCCUGGCGCGGCUGCGGCGCCUGGAGCGCGACAUCGGCCACGCGUGGGAGGAAAUCGCGACAGGCCUGACCCGGGAGAUCUCCCGGCUGGAGGAGCGCGCCCGGGAGCUGCGGGAGAAGUGCGAGCAGCCGGACAGGACCUUCCUGCAGGACCUGAGCAGCACCUUGGACAGCCUCGGGCCGGACCCGCUCCCGGUGCCGCUCCCGGUGCCGCUCCCGGCGCUGGGAACGAGGAUCCGGCGGAUCCGGGAGGAGAAUCCGGCCCUGCAGGAGGCGCUGGGGAGAGUGCGCGACCUCCUGCUGUUCGAGCUGCCCGUGAAAAUGCCCGUGACCCUGGACCCGCGCACCGCCCACCCGCAGCUCCGCGUGGCUCCUGACGGGAGCAGCGUCAGCUGGGAACCGAACCGGGACCCUGCCGGACCGGGAGCCGAACCGGGAGCCGAACCGGGAGCCGAACCGGGAGCCGAACCGGGAGCCGAAGCCGAAGCCGAAGCCGAAGCCGAAGCCGAAGCCGAAGCCGAAGCCGGCCCCGGCCCCGACCCCUCGGUGCUCGGCCGCGAGGGCGUCACCGCCGGGCGGCGCUGCUGGGACGUGCGGGUGGCACCGGAGGGAUGCUGGGCCCUGGGGGUGGCGCUGGAGACCCCCGGGAACGGGGAAGGGACCCCCUGGAAUGGGGAAGGGACCCUCGGGAAUGGGGAAGGGACCCUCGGGAAUGGGACAAGGACCCCCGGGAAUGGGGAAGGGACCCUCGGGAAUGGGACAGGGACCCCCUGGAAUGGGACAAGGACCCCCGGGAAUGGUGCAGGGACCCCCGGGAAUGGGACAAGGACCCCCGGGAAUGGUGCAGGGACUCCCGGGAAUGGGACAGGGAUCCCCUGGAAUGGGACAAGGACCCCCGGGAAUGGUGCAGGGACCCCCGGGAAUGGGACAGGGACCCUCGGGAAUGGGACAAGGACCCCCGGGAAUGGGGAAGGGACCCUCGGGAAUGGGGCAGGGACCCCCUGGAAUGGGACAAGGACCCCCGGGAAUGGGACAGGGACCCCCUGCAAUGGGACAGGGACCCCCGGAGCCGGGACAGGGAGCCCCGGGUGGGAGCUGUGGUCCGUGGGGCAGUGCCGGGGCCAGUUCUGGGCUGUCACCUCCCGGGAUCGCGUCCCGCUGUUCCCGGCCCGCGCGCCCCGCACGGUGCGGGUGCUCCUGGACUACGAGCGGGGCCGGGUGGCGAUUCUGGACGCGGAGCGGAGGAGCCUCAUCUGCGCCUUCCCGGCGGCCGCGUUCGGGGGGCGCAGGGCGCGGCCCUGGUUCCUGGUGUGGGGCGAGGGCUCGCGGCUGGCGCUGUGCCCCUGAGCCCCGAAAUCGGGGGGUUCACCC